GGGGGCGGGCUCAGGCCCGGCCCGCCGCCGAACCCAGGACAGAGGCUGCACGUCCGAGGACCAGGCCGGCGCAGCCAUGGAGGAGGCAUCUCCCUAUUCCUUACUUGAUAUCUGCUUGAAUUUCCUGACUACUCACCUUGAGAAGUUCUGUUCAGCAAGACAAGAUGGAACAUUGUGUCUGCAGGAACCUGGAGUAUUCCCACAGGAGGUGGCUGAUCGACUGCUUCAGACUAUGGCUUUUCAUGGUCUACUGAAUGAUGGAACUGUAGGUAUUUUCAGGGGCAACCAGAUGCGCUUAAAGCGUGCUUGCAUUCGCAAAGCCAAGAUCUCUGCUGUUGCUUUCCGGAAAGCCUUCUGCCAUCACAAGUUAGUGGAACUUGAUGCUACAGGUGUGAAUGCAGACAUCACGAUUACAGACAUCAUCAGUGGGCUUGGCAGUAACAAAUGGAUCCAGCAAAAUCUCCAGUGCCUAGUGCUGAACUCGUUAACUCUUUCCCUCGAAGAUCCUUACGAGCGGUGCUUCAGCCGGCUUUCUGGCCUUCGAGCGUUAAGCAUCACCAAUGUUCUCUUUUACAAUGAAGACCUCGCUGAGGUUGCCUCAUUGCCAAGAUUAGAGAGCCUGGAUAUUUCUAACACCUCAAUCACAGACAUCACAGCUUUGCUGGCCUGCAAAGACCGACUCAAGUCUCUAACCAUGCACCACUUGAAGUGUUUAAAAAUGACAACUACCCAGAUACUGGAUGUUGUGCGGGAACUAAAACAUCUGAAUCAUCUUGACAUUUCAGAUGAUAAACAGUUUACAUCAGACAUAGCUCUUCGCUUACUAGAACAAAAAGACAUCCUACCCAACCUUGUCUCCCUGGAUGUUUCUGGGAGGAAGCAUGUGACAGAUAAAGCUGUUGAAGCCUUUAUACAACAACGGCCCAGCAUGCAGUUUGUAGGUUUGCUGGCCACUGAUGCAGGUUACUCUGAAUUCCUCACUGGUGAAGGACAUUUAAAGGUGUCUGGAGAAGCCAAUGAAACUCAGAUUGCAGAAGCAUUGAAGCGGUACAGCGAACGGGCAUUCUUUGUCCGGGAAGCUCUAUUUCACCUUUUUAGCCUGACUCAUGUAAUGGAAAAAACAAAGCCAGAAAUUUUAAAGCUUGUGGUUACUGGGAUGAGAAACCACCCUAUGAAUUUGCCAGUACAACUUGCAGCAAGCGCCUGUGUGUUUAACUUAACUAAGCAGGAUCUUGCUGCAGGAAUGCCUGUUCGACUCCUGGCUGAUGUGACCCAUUUGCUGCUCAAAGCCAUGGAACAUUUUCCCAAUCACCAGCAGUUACAGAAGAAUUGCCUCCUUUCACUUUGCAGUGACCGGAUCCUUCAAGAUGUUCCAUUCAACAGGUUUGAAGCAGCCAAGCUUGUCAUGCAGUGGCUGUGCAACCAUGAAGAUCAAAACAUGCAAAGAAUGGCUGUUGCUAUCAUUUCCAUCCUGGCUGCCAAGCUUUCGACAGAACAAACUGCGCAGCUUGGUGCUGAGCUCUUCAUUGUCAGGCAACUUCUUCAAAUAGUGAAGCAGAAAACCAAUCAAAAUUCAGUGGACACUACUUUGAAGUUUACUUUGAGUGCACUUUGGAACCUCACAGAUGAAUCUCCAACCACUUGCAGACAUUUUAUUGAAAACCAAGGGUUAGAACUCUUCAUGCGGGUUCUAGAGUCUUUCCCAACUGAGUCAUCCAUUCAACAGAAAGUCCUAGGACUUUUGAAUAAUAUAGCCGAAGUACAAGAAUUGCAUUCUGAGUUAAUGUGGAAGGAUUUUAUAGACCACAUCAGUAGCCUCUUACAUAGUGUUGAAGUGGAAGUCAGUUACUUCGCAGCUGGAAUCAUUGCCCAUUUAAUAUCUAGAGGUGAACAAGCUUGGACAUUGAGCCGUAGCCAGAGGAAUUCUCUUCUGGAUGAUCUGCAUUCAGCUAUUUUGAAAUGGCCAACUCCGGAGUGUGAGAUGGUGGCAUACAGGUCCUUUAAUCCAUUUUUCCCAUUACUUGGCUGUUUUACAACACCAGGAGUCCAGCUGUGGGCAGUUUGGGCCAUGCAACAUGUCUGCAGCAAGAAUCCCUCAAGGUAUUGCAGCAUGCUGAUUGAGGAAGGAGGAUUGCAGCAUUUAUACAACAUCAAAGAACAUGAACAGACUGAUCCCCAUGUUCAACAGAUCGCUGUGGCCAUUCUGGACAGCUUAGAAAAACACAUUGUGCGCCAUGGCAGACCACCUCCCUGUAAAAAGCAGCCCCAGGCUAGACUAAAUUGAUAGCCAUAGGUAGUUGGAUAACUGAAUCACAGGAAUCCUUUUCAUGAUAGGUUCAUUUGGAAUAUCUUAUCCUCUGUGCUGUUUUAGGGGUUUCUAUGACAAGAGUCAUAAGAUCAGUUUGGGUUUGAUAGUGUACAGUACUGCCCAUGUGAACAGUCUCUAAUUUGUCUUGUGAUUUUUAACUUCUGAGGCAUGAAGGGUCUCUUCCUUCGUCAUUGCCUUUUAGGACAUUUUCCAUAUCUUUCUGUGUUUGAACUUACCUGUGCUUGAAAUUCUACGGUUUUAUGAUCAAGUUUGCACGAACCCUUAGGCCAGACUUUUCUGAUCUUAAAGUCUCUUCCAAUCAAUUUGCAGCUUCGGAUGAGCUGUUAACCUGAUUUCCAGCACUGCUUCAGUUAUAAGUUUUAUACUGCUUCUGUAUAAAAUGCCUUUAUUCUCUGUCUGUAUACCUUUUAUAAGAUGUCCUUCUUAGUGUGAAAGAACAGAAAGUCGAGUCCUCUUGGAAAGCUACUCACUGACUGGAGCCUGGGUGGUUGGCAAAAAAAAAAAUAAAUUAGAAAGAAAACUAGUAAGAGAGAAACGAGAUUAGGAACUGGAGAAAGGUCUGCUCUUACAGUAUAGUUUUUAAACUAGAACAAGCUAUCCUUCUGGAACCCUCUUCUGAGGCAGUGAGCAGUAGCUUGUUCAUAUUUAUUCCUGGGAGCUUGGGCUACUGCUUCCUACACAGACUGCUGGUUACUCUGUAGAAAUACUUCCCCAGGCAUCACAAUGUAAAAUCUUACAGCAUUCUGUGUUAAAGAAGAACUGUCUGGAUCUCUAUAUGUCAUACUGUUGUGAAAUGUGAAUUUUUAUAAAAUUGUCUCUUGUUAAAACUGACCGUUCUUUUCCCUCUAUUUCAAAGUCAUUUUGUUCAGUGAAAUAGAGACUACACAUGGUAUUACCGGCUCAGUUAAGGUACAGUUAACAACAGUAAAUUUUGUCACAAGAAGUUAAAUUUUCCUUUCUUUCAAAAUACAUGUAUCUUAAUGUUCUCAUGUUGGAAAAGAUGUCCACAUCUCACUGCCAAAAAUGAAUGAGAAGCACUAGGCUAUUAUUAAGUGUAAUGAUUCUAGUUACGGUGCAUAAAAAGGAAAUAUUUUUUGAUGGGUUAUUUUUUAGACAGUUGCCUUUCCUUUAUGAUACCUGUUAUAGCAUAGUAAAGAAUCAAUUAUCAUUAUAUCAAUAAUGAAACCUGGGAGGUAGGAAGUCACCACAAAACUUAAUUUCUAUUUUCAGUUUUAGUUUGUGAAUAAGGUUAAUGACAAUUUGAGAUGACUGUGUUUUCUUCAUAGAUGGCCAGAAUGUUUUCAGUAGAGAUUUAAAUGGUAUGUUUAAAUUAUGGUGAUUAUUUAGACGCAUUUUUAUUUAGAAAGGAGCUGGCUUAGUAGUAUGCUGAUAACAUUUUUGACAUAUGUAUUUCAAACCACUGUCACAAAAGUCAUACUUGAAUUAUUUCGUACUCCUUCGCAGGGAUGAAAACUUAAACUGAAAGAAAAUAGGUAUUUAGAACCAUUAAAAACCAUAUCAUAUUCUGGGUUACCUCUGACUUAAUUGGUUUAAGGAAUUUUUAUAGGCUCAAGAUAAAUUUUCACAGAUUGUCUAUUUCAGAGGAAGUGGAAAAUUCUUUUAACUUUCCCCCUUUUUCCCAGAUUUUAAUGUCUAAGGCAAAAUGCAGAAAAUAGGAUGGCCUACACUAACUUGGAAGUUGCUGGCUAUGUUGACUACUAUCUCCAGGUCUCUUAGCUUGGAUAGUUAAGGGAAAGCCUGUUUGAGAAGUUUGGCUUCAAGUUUCUUUUAUGUCUUAUUUAAGACAAAAGUGCAUGUUCUUUAUAUGCUAAUCUUAGGUUUUUAUCUUUACAAAUUGUUUUCAGAAAUAGCUAAAAAUGUACAGAAAACAACAACUCCAUUAUUCAGAAUAACUUGAUAGAUGAAGACUCAAAAAUAUUUAAAGUUAAUUCUAAACUUACUACUUUGAGCAUUGGUAAUGGUCGGAUAUUUCUUAGUCUUAAAAGCAAAAUAAUUGGUCACAUCCCAUAUAUAAAAAUUGCAGUGCCUUUGUGGUUGGGAUGGUUCUUAAAAUUGUGUAUCUAAGGCACAGAAUUGUUUCUAAGGUCCUGAAUCUGGCUAAAAUGUAAUAGUUGUAUAUAUUGAAAUUAUGAGGCAUAACUCACCUGUGUCUACAGUUAGAAUCUGUUAGGCCUCCCUUUUACAUGUGUAUACUGGAAUGUUAACAGUACUUGGUGCCUUCAAGGGUUACCUCUUCAGUGGCUUAGAGGUGCUGUUUCAACUUAGACUAGGGUUGAACCACUCAUUGCUGAAAUCACUGGUGCACUCAGAUAUUAUAAAAUGUCGCACCAUCAGCCCACAAGCAGCAGCAAGGUUUAGAUCUACCAAAGAAAAUGGAAUUAGACUUUUUAGAGUAUAAUGAUGCAUGUUGGUAUCACUGAGUAAAACAAAAAUGGUCUGAAAUUAAAGCAAAAAUAAGGUAUCUCGUUCUUUCCAUCAAGUACGUUUUGCUUGUGGUCUUUAAAUUCUAAAAAAUCAUUUUUCCUGUUGGCAGUUGGAAAAAAAAACAUAAAUCAAGUAAUAAUAAGGGGUUAAUUUACCCUCUGGCCAAGGACUCAGUGGCUACUGAUCUUAGUUGAGUCUUUUUUAAAUUAUCAGACCCACAGUUCCAGGAAUUGACCUUAAAUAUUGUUGCUCUUUAGCCCUGGACAGAAAUGCCAGUUGGUAGCAAUAGUCAACUUAAUUACCCAAAGUGGAUGUGAAUCACCAUAAAAGGGUGCUACAGGGAUUUAAUUUCAUGAUCUCUUUUGUUUGCAGACUUCCAAAGAAUCAAAGAUUCAUGUUUAAAAACAUCAGUCUCUCCAGCCUAGAAAGUUGUUCUUACUAUUGAGACCUUUUAAGUUGGCCCUUUUUCUCCCUCGUCACUUUCAUUUAGCUGUAUGUUUAAUUAUGCUAUGUGUCAAGAGACCAUUGGGCCAUCUUCUAGCUCUUUGGAGCACAUUUUUAUGAAAACAUAUUUUAUGUGCUAAAUUAUGAUAGAUUAGAUUAAUGAACGAUGGUUUUGGCUUAGUGUUUUCAAAGUGCAUCACUGCCCAUAGAACAGUGUGCAGCCACAGGCCCCAAGGUUGAAAAGAGGUCAUGAGUAGCAGGGAAAACAAACUUAGUUUUGUGUGUGUUGAAAGCCACCCCUCUUCUGCCCUCUACUGGUGUGUUUACACUAUUUGGUCAUUGUGCAACUUUUAUUACAGAAUAAACAGUAUUAUUAAAUUGAAAGUCUAAGUAAAAGGCAGUAUCAUAAUACCAGCUGAUGUGGGCACUUUUAUCUAUAUGUAACUUGUUUAGGAACCUUAUAUGGGUAGGGCUUCAGAGUAGUGUAUACCAGCUUACAGAGCAGUUUGCAAAACUUAGUUUCCCUCUCAAAUCCAUUGUAGCAGUUUCAAGUGACUGUGUGGAUGUUGGAUGUUUAAUCUUUACCAUUUGCUUUGUAUUGACACAUUUUUUCAUUUUUAGUGUCAACUCAUACACUAUUUUAGAAAUAAUGCAAAUCCAGCCUUCAUCCAGUGAUGAGAAUAACAGUAUAAUAGGAAUUUGCUGAAUGUGCUUUUAAUGAGUAAUUGCUUUAUCUUUUUUAGUAUCUCAUAGACUUUGCAUGACACGGUACACUCCUAAUUAUGCAUUCUUUAGUUUUCAGAUCUUAAUCUAAGACAUUCUAUGUUAACUGAUUGGUAGCCUGAGAAAGAGCUUUCUCUGCCUGUUUCUCCCAUCACCAGUUUUUGGGGGUAAAUUAUGGGAAAAACAGUGCUACUUCUCAUUUCUCUGGAUGAAUUAAAGUUUGUUUGGAUGGUACAACCAAACUUUAGAGCUAGAUAGAAUGGCUAUUAAGAAUACUUAGAGGGGAGCCUGGGUGGCUCAGUGGGUUAAGCCACUGCCUUCAGCU